AUGGCGUCGAAAAAUCAAAUGACAGACCCGCUGCGCGUCGGUGUCGCCAUCCGCGCCCAGUUGCAGCACGAGAUUCCCAAGGAUCUGCCUCUCGAACGGGAUUUCCGCGAAGGGACAGAUUAUACCAUCACUGAUCAUGUCGUUGAGCUCCAUCGGACCUUAGUGAAAGACCCACGCACUCUCGAGCUUAUGACCGGACUUGUCACGCACUUGCACACUUUCGCAAGAGAAACGGCGCUCACACAUGCAGAGUGGACGAAGAUCAUAACGUUCCUCACCCGUGUAGGAAAAGAAAGCACAGACUACCAGAAUGAGUUCAUCAUACUCAGUGAUACCCUUGGGUUGAGCGCACUUGUCGACGAAUUAACUCAUCCCAAACCUGCGGGAUGUACUGACAGUUGCGAAGCUGGCCCAUUCUAUGUCCCUAAUGCCCCAGAAGUUCCUUCCGGCUCAUCGUUAGCCAAAGCUGGCACCCACGGUGAAGCCAUGUUCUUCUCCGGGACCGUCAAGAAUACCAAAGGUCAGGGGAUCAAAGGUGCCAAAAUUGACGUGUGGCAAGCGGACGGUGAUGGUAUAUACGACGUCCAAUACCCGGGUACUACAGAGGCCAAUGACAGAGGGAAAAUCGUAGCGGAGGAUGAUGGCAGCUUUUGCUAUCGUGGUAUCCUGCCCACGGCUUACCCCAUUCCAAGCAAUGGGCCAUCUGGCGACCUUCUUCGAGCGCUUGGCCGGCAUCCGCAUCGUGCCUCGCACAUACAUUUUGUACUUGUUGCGCCAGGAUACGACGAUCUGACCACCGCCCUCUACCCAUCUCACUCACCUUUCCUCGGCACUGAUCCUGUAUUUGCGACGAAGAAAUCCCUGGUCUGCAACGUAGUGGAAGAAUGCAACCCCGAACAAUGGGCGAAAAUGGGCUUUCAAGACGGCGAGGUCACAAAUGGCAGAGUUUGGGUCUGGACAUAUGGUUUCGUUUUACCUACCGUGGAGGAGGUGAAACAAUUCACUCGCAAGCGCGGCUCAGCUAAGCUGUAG